ACUACCCUUUGUUAUUUCCGGAUACAAACUACGUUUGAUAUUUGUAAUUUUACAGAUUUUAUCACCGUUUUUUUAAAGAAAGCCUAAAGAUGUCGGAGAGAAAAGUUUUAAACAAAUACUAUCCAUCGGAUUUUGAUCCGAAUAAUAUCCCUAAGAUGAGGAGAGAGAAAAAUAGACCUUUCAACAUACGUUUAAUGGCACCAUGUAACAUGAGGUGUGAUACAUGUGGUGUGUACAUUUACAAAGGAAAAAAAUUUAAUUCCAGAAAAGAGGAUGUAGAAGAUGAGACCUUCCUUGGUCUGAGAAUAUUCAGGUUUUACAUCAAAUGUCCAAGUUGUGUAUCAGAAAUUGCUUUUAAGACAGAUUUAAAAAACACAGACUAUGUGCUAGAAGCUGGGGCUACAAGGUUAUUUGAGGCUGAGAAAUUGGCUAAACAAAUGGCGGAGAAAGAACAACUAGAAAAAGAACAGGAGGAAUUAAAUAAUCCAAUGAAAUUAUUAGAAAACCGAACAAAAGCCAGUAGAAAUGAGAUAGAAACAAUUGAUGCCUUGGAAGAAAUAAGAGAUAUGAAUUCUAGGAAGGCUGCUGUAGAUCAUGCCAAGGUCAUAGAGAUGCAUUUGGAGUACGAGAAACAACUACAGAAGUUACAAGACGAGGAGGAGGAAAAGGAAAUUAGAUCUAUAUUUGGUGAGAAGGAUGGUCUGGCUGUGAAGAGAUUACAGGAGGAUUCUGACAGUGAUGAUGACAAACCUAAAACUAAAAAACUAGCAACAGAAAAACCAACAGAUAUUCUAUCACAGAGUUCAUCAGUUAUACAGCAAAAGACCGAGAAGAAACCAGAAUCCUGGGAAAAAAGUGUGGGGGGAUUUAAUAGCAAGAAAUCAUUAAAAGGACUUGUUGUUAGAAAGAAAGCUUCAACAACUGUAACCUCUAAACCAAGUGACAAUCAGCCUGAAAGUAAUAGUGAACUCAAAAAUAGUCAAGAGACAGAAAAGAAAGUAGCUUUACCUACUUGGCAGAAAAUAAGUCAGACUCAAUCAAAUGGAGAAUCUAUUGCAGUGAAUGGUACAAGUCCAGCACUAAAAACUAGUGAUGUUAGUGCUUCAUCUUCAAUAAAUGCAGUGAAAAACAAUGAUGUUAGUGCCAGACCCUCAGGACUUGGACUCUUAGGAAAUUAUUCAGAUUCUGAUAGCAGUAAUGAAUCAAAUUGAUUAAAUAUUUUUUUUGCCUUGCCAGUUCAUACAAUACAUAUUUUCAAAUAAUAAAAAGAAAUGUCAUAGUUAAU